UUGCAGACUGUCGCAUCUAUACCGCUGUGGUUCGUCUCGUCGGUGAUAGAUCGCUUUGCGAACUCAUGGGGAGUUCCCCUUCUUUCAUCAUUCUGUUCAGAUCCCGCUUUCCUUGUGCCGUUUGUCAGUUCACAAGUUGCAGCAAGCUCGCCGUCAUCGUUACGAGUAGCGCCAAUGUAUCAGUUGAACAGCUUCCCGUCAGGGAAUCGUCUUCUCUCGCUGUCUUCUCCAUCAUCCCACUCGAAUUUGUCCAGCAUUGGAGGUGUUGGAUUAUGUGAGUCCACAUCGCUUAGUGCACUUUGGUGUGCGCGAAUAUCAGCAGCUGUCUGUACUGCCGAAGGAAAGUCGUCCCUCCGUUUUGACCAUCUGACGCUGUGCACCUUCAAUGGCCACUCGUCGUCUGUUCGUCGAAUCGCUAGUCUUUCGAAUGAAAACUCCUUCAUUUCCGCAUCGUCUGAUAAAACCAAUUGGGUGCGGCCGAUUAAACCCGAAUAUGACACCGUGGAAGCUCAAUGGACUUACAACAGACAUCAGCGUCCAAUUCUUGACGUCACUCUAUUGGCAAAUAAUCUUAUCGCAUCCACAGAUGGGCAUCUUCAUGUGUGGGAUCCAUUCCGUGGCGCGAUCAUUACCCAACUAGAUUGGGAUGGCGAUGCGACGAUCUGUGGUCUCUCACAUGUGGACAGGCAUUCAAUGGCGGCUAUAUCAAGUCUUCAUUCAACAGUACGCCUCAUAGACACUCGAACUGGCAAUUGGACAAGUGAGUUGAAGGUUUCGAAUCUGCCUGGUUUAACGCGAGCAUUUUCAGUGCGCGAGUCUGGUCAAAAAAUGGUAGUGGCAUUAUCGAACGGAACAAUUGUUCGAUGGCUUUCCGCCUCGGAGUUCCUCGUGUGUGAUGCUGACGAGGUCGGAAACGUCUAUGCCGCGAAUCCUCGAAUCUCUUCCGUACGUAAACUCUCCGAUGUGGUCGUGAGUGCAUUUGUAAGUGACGACAAACUGGCCACACUUCAAGGAAACAACGUCAUCAGGGUGUACUCCGGUGCUGAAGUUGUACUGGAAGCAAAAAUGAAAUCCGACGGUCAGUCUGGGAGCCCAGUUUCGAUCUGCUAUCUACCUCUUAACAACGCAUAUCUUAUUGGAUCUAAUCAGGGUUCUAUUCGCUUAAUGUGCUAA